AUGGGGUAUGACAGUCUCUUUAACAUGUACUCUCUGUCAAUUGCAAAACGAAACCAGAGAUCAUUUGUUCCUGUUUUGCCUGUGGCAAGGGCAAUUUGGGAUAUGAUUCUUACAUGGAUUCAAAGAGAGCAUAUUACUGCUACUUCAUGGAUCAGCUCUCCGGGCACGAGAACUCGAGGUAUAGAAAAUAUAAUAGAUGGUCCUAGUUUCUCUUUGGGAUUUACUCAGCAAGAAAACCCCAUUGCAGGAGGGUCAUCUUAUGCUGAGAAGCGUAGCAAAAAAAUCAAUGAUCCAAGAAGGACGAAACAAUAUCAUGAUGAUAAAGAAACAAAGAGGAAACGAUCAACACGGAUAAAAAAAGUUUCUCAAGUGCCGCUACGAAGAAGAAGAGAAAGGUUACCAAGAAUGUUCCCGGGAGGCAAGGGCAAAAAAGUAGUUCGGAAAAAACCUUCAAUUGAUGUAGAAGACGAUGGAGAGGAUUCUAGAUUUUUGGUCACGAAGCAGCCUGCUGUGGCCCCAUCUAUGCAAAGUUACACGAACGUCAAUGUAAUCAGUGACAUUAGGGGCAAACUAAAGGGGGCUGGUCAGAUGGACAAGUUUGCAGACUCUAUUUUUGGGAAAUAUCUUAGAAUGCAGCAUAUGGAUGUACAAGCACAGUUGUUCAGGUGCUUCAUGGUUAAAGAGCUUAAGGGAAGUACAUACGAGUGCUUUACAUUUGAAAUAAAUGGAAAAGUAUUGCGUUUUAGCAUUAGAGAAUUUGCACUAAUCACUGGAUUGAAUUGUGUCUCCGACGCAAAUGACUUUGUAUACGAUAAGACGGAAAAAAAUAGGCUUAUGGAUGAUUAUUUGGGGGGAACAUCUGAUCACAUCAAAAGACGGCAACUGAUUGAGUGUUUCAACAAUACAGAUUGGGAGGACAAAGGCGAGGACGCAGUCAAGAUGGCCAUUUUGUAUUUUAUAAAUACAUUCGUAUUCUGCGGUGAGCCUGUUCGAUCGAACAUACCUAGGAUACAUUUUGACGUUGUAGAGGAUGGGAGAUAUGUUGAUUAUCCUUGGGGCAAAGAGUCCUUCAAAGAGUUGGUUACAAGCAUUAGUCAGAAAUAUGCCGACUUCAAGCAAUAUUAUAGGAUUCACGGAAUGCCAAUUGCCAUGCAAGUUUGGCUGUAUGAAUCUUGUUCAAAAGUCCCAUCCAAUAUUGCAAUUAAGUCGGGAAAUUUGAUUCCAAGAAUCUUGAAUUGGCGGACUGUUGAAGAAAGACCGAAAUUUGAUGCUUUGAUGGAAGGCAUGUUUAGAGAUGACAUACACCAGAUUUGUACUUUUGAUGAUGUUGUUCCAACCACUGCUGAGUUGGAACGACUUAAUUUGCCUCCUGUUGUUUCACAAGCUAUCCCCAACCCAACAGACGGAGUUGAAGUUGCCGAAGGCAACGAGAUGGUUGAUGAUGACUAUGAUGACUUCAGUACCACACCACCACACAUUGUAAGGGGUAAACAACAACAGUGCUCUGCCGUAUCUGAUUCACUGCCUCAUAAGAAACGAAGAUGUGUUUCGGUUAUGAUUCUACCGUUAGGAAACAAUCGGCCGGAACGAACCACUCACAACAUCGAAGGACGCUUCGACAUCAAGGCAUCGUGA